UUGACACUCCCAGCUGUGGCAGCAGAAGCUGCUAGCGUGUGAGAGUUCCUCAAACAGACGUUUAUGCAAUUUACCAUGAACUGAGUCGCAUCAACUCAAGAGAAUAGCAGUUUCCACCUUCAGCUCUGCUUGGGAGAGACCUGAGCAGAAGGGCCUUGGAAGCAAACGGAACCAAAGAGCUUAACAUUUCAGGCAGUAACAGAUGGGAACCAUUGAUAACAUCAAAGACUCCGUUAGCGUCGGUCCAAUAGAGUUUGACAUCUGCAGCAAAGAUGCAGCAGCAGCAGCAGCAGCAUGUGGGUCCAACCCCAUGAAUGUAUCUGCUGGGGAUGAAACAGAUCACAAGGGCAUGUUCUUGCGUUCAGCCCCAACCAGAGAGUCUCUUCGAUCCCCUCGGGGGUCAGUCGUGAGCUUCCACAACAUCCAGUACUCCAUCAAGCAGUCCUACGGGCUCCCAUGCAAGCGAACAGUGGUGGAGAAGAAAAUCCUUUGUAAAGUAUAUGGCAUCAUGAGGCCAGGCAUGAAUGCUAUCCUGGGGCCAACAGGAAGUGGCAAAUCUUCUCUCCUAGAUGUUUUGGCUGCUCGAAAGGAUCCUGCUGGCUUGUCUGGGGAUGUUCUCAUAGAUGGUGUUCCACAACCUCCCAAUUUCAAGUGCAUCUCAGGAUAUGUUGUUCAGGAUGAUGUUGUCAUGGGAACCAUGACGGUGAGAGAGAAUUUGCUCUUCUCAGCAGCCCUGCGGCUCCCCAGCUCUAUCAGCUUCCGAGAGAAGGAAGAGCGGGUAAUCCAGGUGAUAAACGAGCUGGGGCUGAACAAAGUGGCUGAUACUAAGGUAGGAACUGAACUGAUUCGAGGUGUGUCUGGGGGAGAACGGAAGCGGACUAACAUAGCAAUGGAGCUGAUCACAGAGCCCCCAGUAUUGUUCCUUGAUGAACCCACCACAGGCCUAGAUGCCAGCACUGCAAAUGCUGUGCUUCUCCUGCUGAAGAGGCUCUCCAGGAGAGGCAGAACUAUAAUUUUCUCAAUCCAUCAACCUCGUUAUUCCAUAUUCAAGCUUUUUGAUAGCUUGACUUUGCUGGCCUUGGGGAAGGUACUCUAUCAUGGGCCAGCCAAGGAAGCAUUGGGAUAUUUCCAGUCUAUUGGGUAUGAGUGUGAGCCUUACAACAACCCAGCUGACUUCUUUCUUGAUGUAAUCAAUGGUGACUCCACUGCUGUGGCUGCAAACAAAUGUGGUCAAAACCCUAAGAGAACUGAAGUCCAGAUUCACAUGGAGACCAACAAUGAGAAUAACAUGGAGGAGGAAAGGAUGGAGAAGACACUGGUGGACUUGCUGCAUGAGAAAUACAUUAGCUCCACCCAGUGCCAGGACAUGAUGGACGAGUUAAAGAAAAUAGAAAAUGUUCCGGGGAUCUCACAGAAAAGACCAAGGCCUAUGAAUCAAGUGACAUAUGCAAAUGGCUUCUUCACUCAGCUCUACUGGGUGUCUCAGCGCUCCUUCAAAAACCUUAUCCGAAAUCCACAAGCUUCUGUGGCACAAAUCCUUGUGACGAUUGUCCUAGCACUUAUUGUGGGAGCCAUUUUCUUUGCUGUGAAGCUUGAUCAAAGCGGCAUUCAAAACCGAGUUGGAUCUUUGUUUUUUGUAAGCACAAACCAGUGCUUCUCCAGCGUGUCAGCCAUUGAGCUGUUUAUCAGGGAUAAGAAACUGUUUGUCCACCAGUAUACUAGCGGUUAUUACCGAGUCUCUGCAUAUUUCCUUGCUUUGAUGAUUGGAGACCUGCUACCCAUGAGGACCCUGCCUGCAAUUAUAUUUUCAUGUAUAAGCUACUGGAUGAUUGGCUUCCAGGCUGUAGCAGGCCGGUUCUUCUUCUUUAUGCUGACAUUGAUGCUAUUGUCCUACACAGCCACCUCAAUGGCCCUUGCUAUUUCAGCAGGAAUGGAUGUAGUGGCCAUUGCCAACCUACUUAUCACUAUUUGCUUUGUCUUCAUGCUGAUAUUUUCUGGCUUAUUGGUGAAUCUUCCCUCUGUGAUGAGUUGGCUGAACUGGCUGAAGUACUUCAGUAUUCCCAGAUAUGGCCUCACGGCCCUUGAAGUCAAUGAGUUUAGAGACCUGUAUUUCUGUGACAAUAUGCCGAACACCACAGAAUCUCCAUCAGUGCAUAGUUGUCCCCAACAUUCUUCUCAGUUUGAACAAAUCACAUGCUAUGGUGAAACAUACCUCUGCAGCCAGGGAAUACAGCCUACUGACUGGGCGAUGUGGGAGAACAUUGUGGCCCUUCUCUGCAUGACAAUCAUCUUCCUCCUGAUAGCAUACACCAAACUCCGGUUUAUGAAGAAAUUCACCUAACAUUCCCCACGUAGCUGUAGAACAGAUGACAUAGAAAUUAGACAUUUAGCCUUCCCAGAUCCAACAGACACAAGUCAUUUUCUCAAUUAAAUUUGGAGGACCGUACCACCCAUAUUUCUUACAUUGCUGAUGUUUAAUCUACAUUUUUGGCAAAAUAUUUUAUUUGAUUUCACAAACUUGUUAUUAUAUGAAGUUCUUAUAUAUACAUUUUUAGAUUGGUUUUGAAGUCAGUUUUGGAUGUUUCUCAGGAAAUUUAUUUAGAUCUGAAGUUCGUCAGCAGCUAGUUUUUCUUGGGGAUGUGGACCACUUUGAAAAUGAAGUCAGAGUAGUGGGGCAACAGUUCAGUCUGAAGAAAAUGGCGGGGAAGGUGAACGUCAAAAGGUGCUAAAGAAAAAGUUUGCUUUCAUAAAUCAAAAGUACCUCAGUUUGGCAGUUCUAGUGUGUUUCAAGUGUAACCACUCUUGAUCAGAAGCACUGUGGCAGGUGUCCUCCCAAAAGAUGAAAAAGGACGUAAUUCAGGUGAUAAAUAGGUAUUGUUGCCGCUGAAAAGUGGUUAGAUAAGUGGUUAGGCAUAAUAACUGUCACUUGGAGUGCUUUUACAAAUAAACCAUACUUCUCUUCAGUACUUUUUGAAGUUUUCCUUUUUUUAUUCCCUGCAACUCAUUUCCAAUGCCCUAAAGUGGUCUGCUAGCUAGUUAUGUUGCACAGAUGCCACUUUAUCUAUACCUGUUUUGCUUCUAGGUUGGCAGGGGGCACCUCUCAGGGGAGCCACAUUUGACUCAACACUUCCAAUUGCUGAGCCCUAAUUUCUAUGUAUAGAAGAGUAUAAGGAAUCUGCUUCUGUUCAAUUCUAUUCGUUGCGGGUCUACAAGAACUACUGAUCCCUGCAUAAUUUGACAUUUUGGAAGAAAAUGUGUGGCAAUAUGCUUACUUUUAUCAAUUGGGGGAUAAAUUAUUUCCCAUCCCUGAUUACAAGUUGUACUCAUUUGUGAUGUUCCCUGGGAUCCUUCAGGGAGUUUUUACCCCAGCACCCCAGAGGGUUGCCGGUAGACUGGAUUAGAUGUGUUACUCCACCUUUCCUGUUGGGACAGAUCACCCUAAUACACACUAUACUUCAGUACAGCAAUAGGAAUUCCUAUUAGCUUCAGUUGAAACAGACCUGGGUUAUAUGUUAUAUCUUUGGCUGCUGCCAAUCUCUAACGACCAAACGUCUUCUAAGAAUUAUUCUGCUCUUUCUAAGAAAGUUUGCCAAAGGAUAAUAGUGGCCGAUGUGGUAGAGUUUUGGAGCUGUCCUCCUGACACCAGCAUUGGUAUAGCUUUCCUGGAUUAACUGCCCUGCUGUGUUCAUGCAACUCCACCCCAACCCUGUUCAGGUGAGCUGUAGUGAUACCUGUGUUAGAAGGGAGGCUCCACUCAACCACACUGGCCACUAGUGCCAGAGGAGGGGCUGUAGCUCAGUGAUAGAGCAGAUGCUUGCAUGCAAAUAGCCCAUGUUCAAUCCCUGACAUCUCCAGACAGGCUAGAGAAAGACUCCUGUCUGAAAUCCUGGAGAGCCACUGCCAGUCAGCACCAGCAAUCCUGAGCUACAUAAAUCAAUGGUCAGACUCAAUAUAAAGCAGCUUCCUAUGUCCCUAAAGACAAAGGCAUUGACGUGGGGAGGAGAUAAGCCCAGGAGAAUUCUCCCAGAUCAUUAAUGUGGUUAAUAUACAAGUUUACUUAACCAAAACAUUAGGUUUUAUUAUUUAAAAUGUACAGAAGACAAAUAGUUGCAGUAAAACAAACAGAAAACAAAAGAUUAUCUAACUUAGUAUGUGCCCCAGAUGACAUUAUAGGCAGGUAGUUAAUUUAUAGCUUACUUUUUUAUAGAAGAGCCAAAACAUAAAACAGGUGCUCCUAAGUUACAAAUCAAAGGUCUUCUCCUUGACAGAAACUGCAGUGUGGAAUUCAGUGGGCAGAGCUUUUGCUAGCUGCCAAUGGAAGACAACUUACGACAACCUUGCCUGUAUCCCAGUGAGAAAAACGUGUAUAAAAGCCAGCCCCAGGCACAACAUUAUCUAGGAAGGGAGAUUUACAUGUUGUUCUAAUUAAGGCGCUCAUAGAUAGAUUACCUUAAUAUAGAUUAUGGCUUAAACCAAAAGCCAGGGUAAAACAAUGCAUUCUAAAGCUGCACAAUUCCCUAAGGGUAUCCUUAUCUCCACCCUACCCACCAUCAUGUGAGAUGAUUAGCAGCCAUCUGGGGAAUGUUAGGAAACAUGCAACAAUUCAUCCUUAGUACUAAAGAAAGUCUGCAGCCACAAACUUGAGGAUCAUAUUUAACUUCAUGUAGUAUAUUCCUAACUUUUAUGUGACAUCACUGUACAGCCACCUUUCACAAAUGCAAACUAUGCAGUUACUUGUGCUGUGCUGAAAUCUGUUCUUCAGUUUCUCAAAAGUUUUCUUCUGCAAAAGAGGCUUUUGUUCUUCUGCUUCAUUCUCAAGGCAUCUGAGAAUUUCUUGAGACUUUCUGUGGGUUUUUUAGCAUACCUUGCUGUGAGAUGGCUAAGACUGCAAUCCAAUGCACACAUACCUGGGAGUAAGUCCCACUGAAUCCAAUUUAGCUUACUUUUGAGUAGACAUGUAUUGGAUGGCAUCUUUAGGGUAGGGUGUGUAUGGUUUUUUUUCCAGUUAAACACUUUCUCAGCACUCUCUAGCCUCCUUGGCUGCCUGUGUUGCCCGAUCAGAAAAAGUACCAUGGGAGGAGUUACCUCAUAUCACAGGGCUUUAAUCGAAGUAUGGGAAGCUGCAGAGUGCAGGCCACAGGUGAGAUGAUUUGUAGAAUAAAAGAAAAUAUACUAACAAAAAUUCUUCAGCCACCUCAUAAGUCAGAUAAAUGUGAUUAAAAUCCCCACCCCUCACCCAUGAGAAUUUUAUCGUAAUUUUCUCUCUCCUUUGAAAAUUUUUUCAUGCAUUUUCCCCCUCAUUAAUUCAUGGAGAACAGUCAAAAAUAAUGUGUAAAAAUAAUGUGUAAAGAUUUGACGAGAUGGAUUAAUCGAUAUGUUUAUUUGGAUUAUGGCUAUGACAACAAGAUUAUUAUGGGAUACUGAUAAUAGAAGAAUGGCUACUGAAAUUACUGGAUUUAACAGGAUUAUUGAAGAUGGAAAAUGGAAUUAAUAUAGAUAAUGGAAGAAUGGCUAUUGAAAUUAUUGGGCCUAACAGAUUUGAAUCAGAUGGAUUAAGCGACAUGUCUAUUUGGAGAAAAGUUGAAAGAUAUAUCUCUCAAGGAAUUGAAACCUCUCUUUGACUUUUUGUAGAAAGAAUAAAGUAAUGUUUUGAGAUUUGAUGAUUAAUUAAGAUAACUUCUGGAGGAAAGUGAUUUUAUAAUAUAAUUUUAGAGAUAGGACUGUUAUACAUUGUAGACCUAUAACUGAUCUGCGACAAAUCGGAAGUCAACAUUUUAUUUUAUUGUAUAAUUGUUUUUGUUUUGUUUUGUUUUUUGUCUUUGAAAAUCUGAAUAAAUAUUAAUGGGGAAAAAAAUAAUGUGGGAGAAAAAUUUGGCACCGCACUAGCAGAUAUUGCCAUAGAAGAUCAUUGACAGAGCGGUGAGGUAGGGAGGAUUUAAGCUCAGUGUUAGGGAAACUUUCCACGUAUGAAGCUCUAGGCUGGUUACAGCUCAGGUAGCAGCUAGAUUUUAUAGGACUAAACAGACUAUUUGCCUAUCAGUAUCAGGUGUCUCUCACCAAGAAAGAGAUGUGCGUAAAAGUAGCUUUCUGUGUGCACAGGUGAAAUGGAUGCAGAUGUACAUCUGGGUGCGCAUCCUCAACCUCUCCAAGCUCCACUGAACUGGCUGGCUGGGGAUAAAUGCCUUUAUCUGAGACCAUCAAUUGUUAUAUAUGACUAGCUGCAUACAAAGAGUUGGAUCACAGCCUAUGUCUUUAAACCCACAUUUCGCUAACACUGGAUUUAGAUCCAAGCUUUGAGACUUUAGUGAAAUAAAGAUUAAGGGUUUUUUUGUGAUCAGUGGACCGUUAAAAAGUAUAUCCAUUAAACCGACAUCCAUAAUUGUGUUGCCAUUGUAAAUAUCUGUUCAUUAUGCUUUCAUGUUUCAAUAAUGGGGAAAUCAUCUAUUGUUUUAUAAUAUGUAAUUUCUGUGUAUUAAUUGUUUCAAAGUUUUAAAAAUAUAUUGCCUGAA